AAUCGGAUAUGGCACGGACUCGCGUGUGCUGCAUGACCAAUGAGAAGGCCCGGUUGGAGCUUCUUCAUUCUUCUGCCGGCUGUCACUGCAGAAGCACGCGUUUUCGGAGUGGUUUAGUGAUGUUUCGACGGGUGAUGCAAAUCUGAUAUCAAAAUUUGUGUGGUUUGUGGUACUGGCUAUUAUUAGUUUGAUCGAUCGUGACUGCCAUUGUCAAUGGAAGUGUAAUGGCGAGUUGCUAAUUGGGGCGUUCAAAAAUCAAAACGGUGGUAAUGUGCAACGGUGAAUAGUCGCUUGAUUGAAGAAAACCAUCCGCAGCGUGGGUGUAGUCUGGUGAAGAAAGGAAAUAAUACUCAUUCGCAUUCAACUCGCUUAUCCGGGAUACGUGACGGCACUGCAAAUUGGAAGAAAUUUUCAUUACAUAGGAGCGCUGUGCAAUACCGAAGAGAAUAUAAGUGAACAAGUGUAUAUACCACCGUCGACGGAUUGUGUCAUGAGAUUCAUGAUGGAAGUUCGUGCAGGGGCGUGAUUUAAUUCUAGCGACCAUUACCGGUCUCGUCUCAACGUUGCCAUCGUAAUUUGAGAGCCGAGGCGCAGAAGGACCCAAACUCAUCAUUACGGCCGAAUGGAAGGUCGAAGGUGAUUCCGGCACGGAUAAUCGAUAAAGAAAGAGCGGCUUCAGCAACCUGUGAUCAGUGAUUUUCGCCUCGAUCCGUGCGUAUCAAGCGCGAAAUUAUUAAGUUGUAAGCCGUGUGAAUCGCCGGAUCGGAGAAUGGCUGCGAUGAACACACUUCACAUCGUGUACGUGCCCCACAUGGUCGAGGGUACACCUGCUGUCCAGCUUUCGACGCUGAAGUAUUCGACCGUGGAAAUUGUCAACAGCAUUCGGCUGCCGCUGGACGGCGCUGCUCCUGUUGCUUCGUUACAGCAGCAGCAAUCAACGGUGGAAGUGAAUGCGAUCCAACAGCAGAUUGGCAGAAGGGCUGAACAGUAUGCGGAUUCGCCGGAAAUCGAUCCGAUUAUGAGAGCACGGGAACGGUUGCCGGUGAAAGAUUGGAUUGUCCGAGAUAGUUUUGUUGGCUCGUCGGAGAUUGGUGCUUGCUUGGAAUCACCUCCCUAUCCUACGUUGGACUUGUUCACGUUUAGCCGCGGUCCAAAAGUCAUACAAGAUGCGGUGCUAGAAGACUCCACAUCAAGCAUCGACGAAGGAAUUGGCUUUAGCGCGACGGACGAUUCCGGGGAUGAUCAAAGUCUGCCGGAUGACAACAACAACAAUAACCACCUUAUACCGGAUACCAAAGACGACCGCUGCAACGGAUACGGGGAAGAUGAUGAGGGUGAAGGGAAGCACGAUAAUUCUGCUCUUAUCAAGAACAAGAAAAAGCGGAAGGCUAGUAGUAAUAAAUCAUACAAAUGCGAAAUCUGUGAGGAAAUGUUUCCAAAGAAGAAACUGCUUCGUGACCAUCUCGUCGAGCAGCAUCCGGGACAAAAUCCAAACCGGUGUCACAUCUGCGGGAAAACGUUCAAGCUCCGGUCGAAUUUGCGCCAACAUUCGAGGAUCCACACCGGGGAGCGACCUUUUCGGUGUGACAUCUGCGGGAAAACUUUCGUACAGGGAAGUGCGUUAACCGUUCAUAAGGAGCUUCACAAAGACAAAAAAGAGUACACAUGUGAGAUUUGUAUGAAAGACUUCAAGUCAAAGUUCGCUUUUAAAAAGCAUGAAAAAGUGCACAACGGACUGAGACCUUUUAUCUGUGAUGUUUGUGGGAAGUCCUUCACCCAGUCGUGCAAUUUGAAGGCGCACCAGCAGUUGCACAAUGGGAAACACGCUUUCAAGUGUUCGACCUGUUUCAAAACUUUCCGCUUUAAAUCGCACUACGAGGAUCAUCUAAUGACCCAUACCAAGGAUAAAAAGUACUCAUGUGCUAAAUGCGGCCGAAAUUUCGCCUACAAAAACUCCUACCAGCGCCAUAUGCAACACAUCCACAGGGACGAAAUGGCCCACCAGUGUGGAAUUUGCAGUAAAACGUUCGUUAAAUUAAGCCACCUGACAUUCCACAAAAAGUGCCACCGAAAGGCAGAACUGCUAAUUUGUGCCAUUUGCGGUCUGGAGUUCAACGGGGAGGCAGCCUUUGCCAAACACAACGAAACCGUUCACCGCGAAGAAGACCAACGGAGGCUGUUCAAAUGCGUCAUAUGUAGCAAAUCCUUCGAGGAGGAAUCCGAGCUGAUGACACAUUUUAUGCUGCAUGAAGCAGACGAUUGCCCUUUCCAGUGCGGGAUGUGUGGAAUUUUGAACCUGAGCCAAGCGUAGAUAAUUAGCGACAGGGGGAGGGAAAGAGAAUCUUUUGUAUGCAUUCCGUCGUGGGUAGUUAUGCAUUCAUAGAUAAGCAGAAACAAAACUGUUUGUGAUAUGUGGAAAUAUUAAGGAAAUUAGAGUUGUAUAUAUAAUUUAGAUUAUGAUAAGAUAAUUAUUAAUUAUUAGGUUGGGAUAAUCCCAAAACGGCAUACGAGAGACCAAACUCGUUUGGGGUAGUUCAUGAAUUUAAAUUACAAUAAAGAUUCUAUUUGUCGUAUCUGGAAA